AUGACCACCGAUAAAAAAAAAGCUAAAGGCAAGCGAGUCCGACGCGACGUUUCACCAGAACGUGGCACAGUCUCCAGGUCGACGAACAUUACGGAUAAAAGCGACGAGAGUAUUUAUCAACUUAAAGACGCAGAGAAAGAGAUACUUGGGUCUAUUCUUACAGAUCCUGUUUUUCCGGUUGAAAAACUUGCGAAUAUUCUUUCUCAACUAGUGAACACUGGAACGAA